CUUUUUCUCUCCAAUCUAUUUUUUACUUUUAUAUACAAUAGUUCGGCAUAAUGAUAGCAACUUAUUCAUAUCCAUCUAAUACUUCUGAAACGAAACGAUUACAACGAUUUUGGAGAACCAUAUCAACUAGAUUCAAAUCAAAAGAACAAACCAAAGAGGAUGAUGAUAUUACUUUGGCAACCAUCACUAAUCAUACCAUCAAACAAAGUACUCUAUAUUGUCAACGACGGAAAUCAUCAAAACCACCAACAUUUUAUUGCCAAGAAAAUAUACCCUUGGUGCCACCUUUUAGUCCUACUUAUUGUCAACGGGAUGUUUUUCCUUAUUCCAAUUUUUAUGUUAAAUUACCUGAUGGUAGAUGGAUGAUACGAUUUCGAGAUGGUAAUCGUGGUAUUUUAAGAACUGAUAUCAUUAAUGGAUAUUAUAUUUGAUUUUAUAUUGUUUCUAAUUCUUUUUGUAUAUUGAUCAUUGAACUUUGAAAAUAAAACUUUUUUUAUAAAUGUUAGAAUGCUUUGAUAGAUU